AUGACGAUCAGUCAAAUCUUGAACACCUUACCCCUCUUGCCAUCAUGGGCACAAUCAUCCCCCAAGAUCGGAUAUGCGAUCUACACUGUCGAAGCUAUCAUGAUUUUACUGCUAGCAGCGUAUCUGUACCUGUGGCCUUGGAGGGAGUAUACAUUGCCUUAUAGAAACUUACGAGGUCCCAAAUCCGAUCAUUGGCUUUGGGGCAACGUUCGGACAUUCAUCAAAUCAGAACCUAUGGUCCCACAUGGAAGAUGGAUCAAAGAAUAUGGUCCAACAUUCAGAUAUAGAGUUAUCGCUGGUAUGCCUAGAUUCUAUACUGCCGAUCCAGUAGCUUUAUCCUAUGUGCUAAACCAUGGUGAUAUAUUCCCCAAACCACCUCAGACAAGGAAAGGUAUGGCCGACAUGUUAGGUAAUGGAGUAUUGGUUGCGGAGGGACACGAUCAUAAGAGACAACGUAAAUUGCUUAAUCCAUCUUUCAGUCCUUUGGCUAUAAAAGGUAUGAUACCUAUUUUCUACGAUAAAGCAUACGAAUUGAAAGAGAAGUUCAUCAAUCUCAUUGAAAAUACCGAGAACACUGAAGGAGAUGCUGCAUCGCCUACACCACCCAAAGAAGAGGAUGUGGUACAAGGAACUAGAAAGAUCGACGUCAUGUCGUGGUUGGGUAAAUGUACCCUCGACGUUAUCGGUUUGGCAGGUUUCAAUUACGAUUUCAAAGCUUUAGAAGACCCUCAUAAUGAAUUGGCGGAAGCUUAUAGAAAGAUGUUUAGUGCGGGGAUGGAAGUUACCGUAGGGGCGAUAAUACAGGCUUUAUUCCCUGUCUUUCAAAUCAUCCCUACUCAACGUAUGAAAAUGGUUAAAGAAAGUAGUGCCAAGACCAAAGAGAUUGGACAAAAACUGAUCGACGAGAAGAAACGAGCGAUACUAGCUGCUCACGAACAUGGUAUAGAAAAGAAGGAAGAUAUAGGACAUGAUCUCCUAUCCCAUCUCAUCAAAGCGAAUAUGGCUAGUGAUCUUCGGCCUGAUCAGAAGUUGUCCGAUGAUGAAGUGUUAGCUCAGAUCACUACAUUUAUGUUAGCGGGUAAUGAGACUUCUUCAACUGCCCUCACAUGGAUCUUAUAUACACUCUCCCAGCACCCAGAUGCGCAGAAACGAUUGAGAGAGGAAGCUAUGGGUGUAGCAGAUGAACGACCAAGUUUGGACACACUCAACUCCCUUUCAUACAUGGACGCAGUGAUCCGUGAAGUACUCAGAUUAUCUGCACCUGCACCAACGACCAUGAGGGAAUGUAUCGAACCUACCGUCGUUCCAUUAGGUACACCGGUAAAAGGUAGAGAUGGAAAGAUGAUUGAUAGUGUACACCUACCAAAAGGAGCUACAAUGAUGAUACCAAUUUUAAACGUCAAUACUUCCACCCUUGUAUGGGGUCCCGACGCCGAGGAGUUCAAUCCCGAUCGAUUCCUCAAACCAGCGUCAUCAACCGAAUCAAAUGCCAAUUCUGUACCGGGCGUAUGGGGUAACCUCCUGACUUUCUUGGGAGGAACAAGGAACUGUAUUGGAUACAGAUUCGCUCUGGCAGAGAUCAAAGUUAUUUUGUUCGUGUUGAUUAGAGGGUUCGAAUUUGAGGAGUUGCCUAGUAAACCUGAAAUUGAAAGGAAAGCUUCAGUUGUCAUGAGACCUAGAGUGAAAGGUGAGGAGAAGGCGGGAUUACAAAUGCCUCUGCUCGUUCGCCCCCUUUCUGGUUAA